AGUAGCGCCUCUCAACCACCACACUCUUCCCCGACUCCGUCUCGACAUGUCUUACAAGGUUGCCCUGGUCCUGGUGGUGGUGGGUGUGGUCCUGGCACUCCCUGAAGACCUCUACGGCGCUCCUCAACACAAACAAGUCUACGCCGAGAUUCCGUACAACUUUGCCUAUGGAGUUAAGGAUGAAUACAAAGGUACCGACUUCAGCCAAAAUGAAGAAUCCGACGGGAAGGUCGUCAAGGGCUCCUACACCGUCCAACUUCCCGACGGUCGCAAACAGACGGUAACUUACGUGGCCGACGACUACGGUGGCUACCGUGCUGAGGUCAGUUACUACGGUGAAGCCCAAUACCCUAAGGAGUACGGUCCCCCCAUCACCUUCAAGCCCGCCGUCUACAAGCCACAGCCCACGUACCAGCAGCCCGGCUACCAGUAGACCUCACCAGCCCGGCUACCAGUAGACCUCACUAGCCUCGCCUUCAUCCCUGGCUGUUGUAGCCUAGCAAGACCUCAACCUCUUUCACGUGUGAAGGUGUACCCGGCGGUACUCGGGGUCUCCCCCCCCUCUCUCCCUCCCUCGCCUCCC